AUGGAGCCAAACAGGGAUGCCCAAACUGUAAAGCCCAAGCCGGACACCAACGAGCAUGAAAUGCCGCCUCUCAAGCGCAAGAGGGGCAGGCCACGGAAAGAGGCUAUGGACAAUACUGCCUCUAUGCCCGUGCCCAAACCGCAGCCGAUUAUCACUCCCAGCACGCCGCCACCGAUGAACGAUGGCACUACCCCUAAACGCAAGCGUGGACGACCACGAAAACGCCCUUUAGAGCCACAUGAGGAAGUGGCGCUUAUGGCAGCCAAGCAAUCCUCUAACAUUCCACCCUGGCGUAUCAUGGAAAGUGUGGAUCGACCACCUGUAUACCCAGAAACCCAUGUGUUUCUACGCACGCCUCGCCCCAUCCAGGCUGUCAAGUUGUGGGACUCGCCUGAACGUGCACCACGUCCCAGGGCGCAAUGGUGGCACUAUCGAAGACCUACGCUUCGCCACGUCCCUGCGCACCGAGCUGACGGACAAACAGCUGAGCCGCUUCCCACGCCACCACCCGGACGUCGGCCCAAGACGCGUGUUGAUUAUGCUGCACUGCAGCAUCGGCAACUUGCUCAUCGUGCGCGUGGUAUUCACUUAGAUUUGCCGAAACUAUGGAAGGCCCGCGUUCGGCAAGCAAAGGACCAGCCGCUCACUCAUGAUACCCGUACGGCAUCUUCAUCACCUGCCACGUAA